AUGUCUACCAGUGCCUCUGCUCUCGGCAAUGUUUCACCAAAGCUCGAAGAGCCUCUAGCGGAGGCAUCUCACGCCGUGGCCAGGGAGCAGGGCAGCAGCGCCGAUCUGGAAGAUUGCUCACCGAAAGAGUCUGGGACUGUUGAUGGCGUCGAAAGUCCAAGGGAUGCCUCACAGGUGGCACGGUCGCAUCCUGAUCAAGGGGGCUCACUGAGCCUGACGGACGCUAAGAGCGUAAUCGAUGUGUCACCUCCUACAACGAGCGCAGGGGACAGCACCGAGGCUAAGGCUGUGCGCCCAGAAGAUGUCGGCUAUUCAGUCGCAGAUUUUGGUGCUGUGCCUGCAGAGAAAGUAGUCUCCGAGACAGCGCCAAUUACAGAAAGCCAAGACGGUCGAGGCAGAUUGGCGACCACGAACGGGACGCAGGCACAAAUCAGACUGAGUGAAGCAAGUGGUGGAUCCGCAGUUCUCGCUGCUUCUCCCACUGCAUCGGCCGUGGCAGCGGCGGCUGCGGCCGGGAAGAAGUUCACCUCGUUAAGCCUCACGAAGCGCUUCCUGGGAAAAGCGUCGCCCAGCUCGCCGACCUUCACCCAUGCCACCACAGGAGGCUCUUCCACAAGCGGUACCGGCUCUUCGCUGAUAUCAAACAGUGGAACUGGAAGCAAGGGAAGUCUCACGAGAGAAAGCUCUAGUAAGUAGGCCUGAUGCUUGAGCUCGUGCGGCAGUGAGAGCGUAGCCACGUUUGGAAAGACAGUCCGGAAGGCUGUGGCGACAGCGCGAAGUGACGGGCCGCUUGACUGGCCGGCAAAGCACCAGAGAAUGGAUGAGCCCGCACACAUCUGACAUUUCGUAUUUUUCGCGUAUCCUUCAACAGGUCGUGGCCUGCCCAUAUUGUCGUCUUCCAGACUCACGUCCGCCAAGCUGUCGGCCUCUGCUGUGCCUAAACCAGCUGCUACGUGGGGCACGCCCUCACCCUCAGCAUCUCCAGCUAUCAACCACACGCUGCCAGCGCUUGCGGCUGCCAAUCCGCCUGCGAAUACUGCGCGCUCUUCUCACAACAACGCAAGUGCCGCUGCCACACUUACAGCUCAAGCGAGCCUUGGCUCAGCGGGUGACAAGGCAAAAGCUUCAGAACCUCCUGCACCGUCCGCCUCGCCAUCCUCUCGGCCUUCUCCAAAGCUUGGAAAUGCUGAGGCUCACGCAUCCACCAAGCCGCCCCCCGCAGCAUCAAAGCCGAUUCUACCUGAUGCGGCAUUUGGUGAGAAGGGCCCUGCUGCAGCUACGGGAACCUCUGUGCAGCCGUCAUCUGCUCCCUCGGCAGCCGAAGCCUCGUCUCAGCCCGCGAGCGCACCCUCGCCUGCUCUGCUGCACAGCAAUGUAGUCAGGUCGACUCACCUCUCUUCUCCUCGACUGACUGCCUUGGGCGGAGCUCGAUCGGGCAGUCCUGCGCGAACGGACGCGAGCGCAUCUCCAUCGCUCAGAAAUGCCGCGUUGAGAAGUAGCGCUAACGACGCGACCAGUGGAGCUCCAAAAUCUGUUGCUCCAUGGGCAACUAGCAAGAAUGCAUCAAGCAGCGGUGCAAGAGCACCCUCCAGUGAGCGAAUAGCAUCGUCGGAUUUCCCAACAGCAGCCGAGGCGCAAAAUGUAAAGGAGGCUGCCGACGAACACGAUGGACUUGCAAGUGCCCGCACAGAUCUGGAUCGCUUUAGAGGGGCAAACCUGGGCAGCGGCCGGCAUUGGGACGAAAUGGUCGAUGAAGACGGCGGAUUUCUGGACGAAGUCGUCGAAUUCGGAGACGGGACGCAAUACAAAGUGCCACAGCCUUCGCUUGCGGAGCUUCAGAAGGAUGCUCGGCCAGUGACAAAGGAGGAUCGAUUUCGAGAUCAAACACACGAUCGGUCCUGGCCACCGCCACCUAUGCAGCGCUUGGCCCACUCUGCCGCCAGCUCCAAUCCUACAGAUCAGCCCAUUCCAUCUUUUCGCAAGCCAGCACCUCAACAGAGAUUAGCUGACUACGCGCCUGAGGUCGCGUCCAAAUCCUUAUUCCCUCAGCGCGCCGGGAGGUCGUCUGUUUCCGCAUUUGCGGACGAAGGCGACAGCGCUAGUGUAGAGCUGAUGCCCAGAGAUAGGCGCGAAUCGGAUUGGAAUUCCUCGCGUUCCGGUCGUCCAGCUAGCGGACCGGGAGGCGCACACGCUCAUCCUGAUGCGACUCUCUCAGCUGCUCGCGCUUGGGGUCCGCUCGCUCGAAGAACGCAGAACUUGGAUUCUGAUGCUCCACGCCGUGAGCCCUCAGUAACAUCCACGAGAUCGGAUCCGCGCUCGCCUACUUCUCCGCACGAGCGGCCUUUGCCGGCCAAAGAGCGUGCGCCGCUACCGACUUCCAAACCAAAUGCGCGAACUUCUGAACGACCCCUCCCGCCGCAUAUGGCAGCUGGCCUGCAUACUGCUGCUGACCGCUUGGCAGCCCCCCCGGAGGAGCGUCCUUAUGGAGCAAAUGCCAGUGAGCCACAACCUCCCGUAGCUUCCAAAGCGCUCGGUUGGGGGCCUCUGGCACGGAGGGUGGGUUCGCCCUCUGCACAGCGGACAGAGCUUCCCGUCGUGGAGUCUACGCAAGCGGCGCCUUCUCGAGCCACCGCAGCAGCGACCGAGACGGUCUCGCCGGCAGAGAGAGCUGAGCGCGCUCGGCGACGACGAGCCGAGGAAGAAGCGGAACGCGAGCGCGAGAAAGCGCGCGCCCUCGAGAAAGCCAAGGCGCUUGAGCUUCAAAUCGAGGAAGCUCGGCGUGUUAGAGAGAUUGAGGACGCAGCGAAGGAAGCGAAGCUGAGAGCAGAACAAGCCGCUCGGAUCGCUGCUCAGGAUGCUCGCAUGCUUGCAGCCCGCAAACAAGCUGCUGAAGCACACGAGGCCGCGCUCAAGGUUGCGAAGCAGGAUACCCAAGCGAAGUCAUCUGAGAUUCGGAAGUCACACGGAAGACCGUCUCCAGGCGCACUACCUGAAGCAAUUUCCACCCGUCAGGGUCCCUCGAGCCAACUUUUGAUUUCUCCCAGCGAGGAGGCAACGUCUUGGCGCAGAGCGGCACCUCUCGCUCAGAGUGAUGCUAUCGUUAGCAAUGCGCGACGCACACUCUCCAAAGAUGAGCCAUCCCCCACGCGGCAGUCGAGGCCCAGGACGUUAUUGCAACGACCUCCGACAUCUCAGUCCUCUGCGCCCAGCUCUGCGCCUAGCAUGCGCGCAGAACAGUUGGCGUCAGAUGCCGUGUCCCCCACCAAAGCCUCUUUGGACCGACCACAAGCAACAACGAGCGACCCUUCAUCCUCUGCUAGACAGAGCAAACGAGCUGAAAAGCAAGCACAGAGGCGAGAGGCCGGUGCCAAGCAAGCUCAAGCAGAUGCUGUGCCCGCCAACGCAGCUCCUCCUGCUGGUCCGCGCGCCUUGCGAAACGAUGUCGCCAAUUUACCAGAAGGCUCCAAGGUUGUCGCACCACCGGCACCUCGGGUAGCGAUCAUCGCUCCAACAGAUGAGAAUGCAAGUGCGCGCUUGCAGACUCAGCGUCACGACGCCCGACCACCUGCGAGCAGUGCGACGCAGCCGCUCGCGAGUGCACUCCGGCAACCUGCGCGACCUCGCCUCCCCGAGCCUGUCGCGACCAGAACAGAGGUGCCGCAGGACUCUGUUCCCGUGUGGAAUCGUUUUGUGGUCAAGAUGCCCGCGCCUCGCCUUCGACCAGCUCGCUUGAAUGGUCCUGCCUUCCGGGCUCAGAAGCAGCGCAUUGCUGCUUUUCAGGCAGCAGCUAAUUCCAGCUCCGGUGUAGACAUCCUGUCUUGGACCCCAUCCGCUCCAGGUUUGCCGAUGAAAACGCUUUCGAUCUAUGAUCAAUUCCAUCCCAAGAAGUACCGCAAGGGAGUCCUGCUCGCAAACGUCUCGAUGCCGACACGCGUGCUGCCAAGAAACUUACCACCACGGGUCUUCCCGAGAACCUCAGCUACCGCCCCGAACGUGCCACCAGCGCAUGUUGCUCUGCCUCGAGCAAGUGCACAUGGUUGGGCCACGCAGCGUCAGCCAAUGGUGUACGGACACAUUGCAGAACCUUUGCACCCUACCUCAGUUCGUGAGGAGCUUCACCCUGCUCUUGAGGCCGAUAUGUUUGACGUCAAGCCUACCGUCAAGCUUCCGCGAGGAAAUCGCUCUGCCAACAUCCAGCCAUCUCUGGGCAGGUCCAAUGCACAAAGCUAUGAUGUCUCCGUCCCAGUGUCAGGAUCCUCUCCCGCCUCCGUGCCCACUGCUCCCGCCUCUAUGCGAGCACGAGGAUUCUCCGGCACAGCACCACGAGGACAGGGCGGACCCUUGGACUGGGCCGAGUCAUCGGGCAUGGGCUAUUCAAAACGGCCCUUGAUUGGCGCCGGACCUCCAAAUUUCGCUGGGAAGGGUCGGCGAGAUUCUGGAGCAGGCGUUGCUUUCGCUCGCAGCGCCAACUUGGGCCACACGGAACCAGGAUCGCGGUCACCCAGCUUUGUGGUUGCUAGCGAGCUGGAGCUCAACGGCGAUGGGUAUGCUCCCCCGGCGAACCGCGCGGCGGACAAGCGCGGUGCAAUGCAAGUGAGUCUACUUGCGGGAUCGCGCGAGACUAGCUGGCGGGUGCUGACCAAUAUGACUUGACCGCUGCGCAGACGCCUAUCUUGCCUUCUCCCGGCCAGCUCAGCUCUGCCACUUGGGGCGGAAGCUCGCUCAAUCUAUCAGGUUUGCCCAACACGGCGGCAAAUGGUGGCGCUUCGCCGUCCCAUCUCGAGAGCCUGUGGGCUACGCCAGAUCUACGUGCGCGCACUGCCUCGCACCCAGCGCAGAAUUCUCUCAGAGGUAUUGCCGAUGACUUCUUGUCGAUGCCAACGAGUAUACAUGACCUCGGUGCUGGUGAUAGCGACGGGCCUGUCGUUUCUUUGGGUGGCCUUGGUGCUGGAUCCUCCUCGGCAAACAAUCAGACGUCGCCAAGUGCUUCGCAGCAACAGCGGCAUGGAGACGAGCGCCGUUCUCACCAUGGACAUGCCAAUGGAACUCUUGCUGGCUUGAACCUCGGCACCAGCCCCGUCGACAGCGCUCAGACGUCAUCGGCUCCAGAUGCAGAUGUCCGUGGUGCAGCUGGCAAGGCUAAUGAUGAUGCCGCUUCUAGCUCCAGGAAGAAUCAGCCAUUCAUCCCGUUUGGGCACCAGCAGCCGUACCAACCUGAGGCCUACAACACCCAAGCGUGGAGUCAGGCAAACGCAUAUCCGCGCCAAGCGCUGUCGGCGCAGCCAGCGGCGUUCAAUGGUCGUGCCUACAGCAAUUACCAACCUGCAUAUAACUUUGGAGGAUAUCCCGAGACGUCCCCUUCCAGCGUGGUCGAUGGUGCAAAAGGGGCACCUUCGGCGCCGCGCGGAGUUGUUGGAUGGGGAUCCACAGUUCCGCACGGAUACGCGCAGCAGAUGGGCUAUCAGGCCUUGCCACAACCCUUUCACUCACCCCAGGCGGGCACGGCUGGUCAUCUCGCGGCUGGUUCAGGCGUAUCGAAUGGCAAUGCGAGCAAUGGCUGGUCCUCGGCGAGCGUGCCGACCUCACCAGCAUUCAGAGGAGGGCCGAUGGGUCGCGGCAGCUAUGGGCCAGGAUCUGGUUCUCGCGGCUACGGUAGUCGCGCUCCACAGUCAGCGACGCCUGGACAGAUGGGACAUCAAGCAAGUCUGCCGUCCUUGAACGGACACGCAGGGCAGGGUCGCGGAGCGAUGGGCAGGGGUGCGGGCGCUGCAGCCCCUCAAAGCCGCGGCUUCUAUACCGGAGGAUACAGCAACGUUUGGUGA